ACUCCAAAGUCCCGGCGAGGGGAGUCGGCGUGGGACGCUCCUCCUGCUCUGGCUGCUCUGGUCAAACGGGUGUACGUGUCCAUGGUCGGCACCAGGAGAGACCACACUGUGUGUGCGCUGGGACGCAGCGGGACCGGCAAGACCACCACGUGUCAGGCCUUCACACUGGGUCUCCUCAAACAGGCCGGGACGACCAGAGAGAGGAUCAGCGUGGAGCGCGUGCAGGCCAUGUUUACCAUCCUGAGGUCUUUUGGCUGCGUGAGCUCUCAGCACAGCGACGCUUCGUCUCGCUUCGCCAUGGUCUUCUCUCUGGACUUUAACCACGCUGGACAGGCGGCUGCUGGACACCUACAGACGAUGAUGCUGGACAAAUGGAAAGUGUGUCAGAAAACUCCUGGAGAGAGUAACUUCCUGGUCUUCGCUCAGAUGCUGGCAGGACUCAGCACAGAGAUGAGGACAGAGCUGCAGCUUCACCAGCUCCCUGAGAACAACUCGUUUGGGAUCGUUCAUCCCACAAAGGUUGAGGAGAAACAGCGUGCGUCCGUCGCCUUCACCAAGCUGCUGACUGCCAUGGAAACGCUGAGCUUCUCAGCCGGCGAGCAGAAGGCGAUAUGGCAUGUUCUGGCUGGUAUUUACCAUCUGGGAGCUGCCGGGGCCUGUAAAG